GGUACCUUUGGCUUCCUCUGAAUACUACCAUUUAGUACUCUACACCAACUAACCAACGAGGAAAAUUGGGAAUCAUGUCAGAAACGACAUCUGUAAACAUUCCGGAGUUGGAAUCUCCUCCUAUUGAGAGGGUUGAGUUGGAAUCGAUGCUUGUUAUGAAUAUAAUCAAGCAUUGCCGUGAUUCCUUCCCAAAUGUAGGCACCAUAGGCCAACUUGUCGGUAUCGACAUUGACGGUGUUUUACAAGUUAGUAACAGUUUUGAGUCCCCUGCUGUCCUUGAAAACGAGGAAUCCGCUGUCAAUAAAUCUGUAUCAGGAAAAGCCCGUCAAGCUCAUACUGAAGCUACUUUGAACCGUAUGCAAUACUUGGGUGCUGUUACUGGUCACGUUGGUUGGUACCAAGGAACCUAUGUAGGGGAUUUCCUUAACAGCUCUUUCUUCGUUGACACCCAAUAUGCUUAUCAAAAGGAGAAUCCUAACAGCAUUGCUCUCGUUUACGAUUUGUCUCAAUCUUGCAAUGGUUCUUUGAUUCUUCGUGCAUUUCAACUUACUCCCGAGUUUAUGGCUGCCUACGAGGAAAAGACAUGGACCGCCACAUCCUUAAACAACCACCAUGUCUCACCCUCUAACAUUGUGCGCGAGUUACCUGUUGCUAUUCACAAUUCUCACUUGGCCACUUGUCUUCUUCACUCUCUCAGUGAGCCUUCUGAAGCCUCAUCUUUGUUGUCAUCAGAGGCUGCUCUUGAGUCUAUGGAGCGUAAUUUGCCUUUGACCGAAACUUUCAGCAAUUUCGAUCUUAACCUUGGUGCUCGUCACAAGAAGAACAUUGAGCAUCUUUUGGAUUCUGUAGAUGAAUUUCAUUAUGAACAAGGUAAUGUUGGUUUCCAUCAACGCCAACUUGCUCGUGAGCAAGCCAAGAUUCAACAAUGGUUGACUAAGAGAAAGGCUGAAAACGCUACUCGUGCCGCUGAGAACCGCCCUCUCUUGCCUUUGGACGAAUGGAAGCGCAUCUUCAAACUCCCCGCUGAACCUCGUCUUCUCGAUUCUUUGUUAAUAAGUGCUCAAAUUCGUCAACAUUGCUCUCAAGUUGAUGAGCAAAGCUUGUCGUUUUUGUCUAAAUUAUCGGGCGUGCGUAAUGCUUAUACCUCUUAGAUGAAUUCAAUAAAAGAACGGUAGUUGUGAUAAUGUAUUGACUUGGUUGAACGGAACUUAAGUAGUUUAUGAAUAAUCCUGCUUUACAGUAACUGUUAGGAAAGUUUGGCAAUCACUUCUUUGCUUAAAGGGCGAAGAAUUUGUUCGUAAAGCAAAGUAACAGAGUAAUUUGUGAAAACAACAGGUGCAAUUAAAUGAUUAAACUAGUCAAUAACUGUUCUUAUGCUGGAAUUUAUAUGUUGUCCAUCUGAAAGCAGGUUUUAAGAAAAUAAAAUUAUAAAUAAUUUAUGUAG